AUGCUGUCGCGAUCUCUUCCCGAAAACUCAUUGAGAGCUCUGAGUAGAAAGCCUUUCAAGGUCCUGCCGCGAGCAUUUGCAACCCCACUUCCUCAUUCCUUAACAUUCAUCCGGCAGAGGUACGAGUCCGGAUUCCGACGGUUUCCUCCACCAUCUCCUCGACGAAAGCCUCCACAUAAAAUUCAUUACCGAUACGACGAGGAGGAGGCGCGGAAAUCAGAGCCCCCAUUUACACCCGAGCAACUCCGCCGCGCUUUUCGAAGCCCCGCAACACGAUGGAUGGCCAUAAUGGCCGUUGGAGGCGGCACAAUCUUCUACUUUUCAAACCUUGAAACGGUGCCUGCGACUGGCAGAAGGCGCUUCAACUGCUCUAUCGAUGCGAUGGCUGAGGUAGCAGGAGCGCUGUCUUACAAGGUAAUCAUGCUGCUGAAUAGCCAUGCGAUAUUGCCAGCUUGGGAUAAGAGGACGGAGCUGGUGAAUAAGGUCAUGACGAAGUUGAUUACUGCUAGUGGCUUGAAGCACGAGGAUUGGGAAGUGCAUGUCAUAGAAUCCGAUAAAGCGAAUGCCUUUAUAGUGCCCGGAGGCAAAGUCUUCGUCUACAGUGGCUUGCUCCCCGUUGCGAAAACCGAAGACGGACUAGCUACAGUCCUCAGCCACGAAAUGGCACAUGACCUCGCCCGGCACGGCAAGGAACGAUUGAGCAGCGCCAUUUUGAUCCAGGACCCACUGCGCUUCGCAAUUUCUUUUCUGGAUUAUUGGGAUUUGAACAUGGGGCUCGGCCUCAUGCUUGCGGAUCUCAUGCUGGAUUUGGGUGUCAUGCAACCAGCUUCCAGAAAGCAGGAGAGCGAGGCGGACUAUAUUGGGUUGAUGCUUAUGGCGCAUAGCUGCUAUGACCCUAAGGAGGCAAUCAAAUUCUGGAAACGCCUGGAAGCUUUUUCAAAAGAUCGGCUCCCCGAGUGGCUGUCGACGCAUCCUUCUCAUUCCAGUCGCAUCGCUCAAAUUACGGCAUGGCUUCCGAAGGCCGAGGAGGUACGAAGGAAAAGUGAUUGUGCUUCCACAGUCGGUCAUUCCGAAGACUUCAAGAAUGCUUUCAAAGGUUCAAAUUGGGUGGCCAUAUUUAAAGAUUAA